GGACCGGAAGCUGCCACCAGACGACAGGACGGACACAGGGGCAGCUCGGCUCCCUCAGGUUCAAGCAUUGCUUAAGCUGCAUCAGUGGAGCCUUACAAGGGGCUUGGAAGACAUCAGCAGUGGUUUUGGAUUCAAAGAUGCCAUGUUUGAUGGUUCCAGUUGCACCUCCCCUACGAUAGCACAGCAAUUUGGCCACAUCAGUUAAAGGCCACAGGGCUGGCCUUGCAGUAUGGCCCUGAACUAAGCAUCCCCUCCUCCCUCCAUGGUCUCAGCAUAGCUUCUGUUUCCGGGUUCAAGCUAACUGGACUGGUCAGAGGUCAGAGGCCACGGACCAGCAAGAAUUCAAGCCCUGUUUCUGGGAUUUCCACUGAAUGUGUUCCAUCUACUCUUCCUGCCUCCGGGCUGGAACUAAGGUGAGUGAGCCACAGUCUGUGUCUUCCAGGAGGUCCCAUGCUCACCUUGGAAGGGUCAGCGGCCUAUAACUCACCAUCUCCUCCUUCCUAGCCCUUGUGCAACCUCCAGCUGUGUCUGAAACCUGACCCUGUGUAAAGACUUUCCCUGUUUUGGGGCUGAAGUUCUGCCCUGUGCCCACAUGGAUCUGCGCCCACAACCCCCUAAGAGAAGCUGAUGCACAUUCUCGGCCUUUGUCCCCUAGGGUUUAGUAGGAGCCACCAUGGGCACCGCAAAUUCCAAAAGUCCCAAGGCAGAACCUCAGGUGGUGAUGAUGGGCCUGGACUCAGCAGGCAAGACCACACUCCUGUACAAGCUGAAGGGCCACCAGCAGGUGCAGACCCUUCCCACGGUCGGUUUUAACGUGGAGCCCCUUGAAGCUCCUGGGAACCUGUCAUUGACCCUCUGGGACGUUGGGGGGCAGCCUCAGCUCAGGGCCAGUUGGAAGGACUAUCUGGAAGGCACAGACAUCCUCGUGUAUGUGCUGGACAGCACAGACAAAGCCCGUUUGCCUGAGGCUGUGACUGCCCUCCUGGAAGUCCUGGCCAGCCCCAGCAUGGCCGGCGUCCCCUUGUUGGUGCUGGCCAACAAGCAGGAGGCACCCGAUGCCCUCCCGCUGCUGGAGAUCAGGGACAGGCUGGGCCUGGAGCGACUGCAGGAGCAUCGUUGGGAGCUCCGGGCCUGCAGUGCCCUCACUGGGGAGGGGCUGUCUGAGGCCCUGAAGAGUCUGAGCCGCCUCCUGAAACCCCGCAGUCACCUGUAUCACCUGUGAGGGCCGCAGGGGGCAACACCAAGCCGGAACAGCAAGCUAAACCAAGCAGACCACAGCUCGGCUCACACCAACUGGAAGAACCAGCUCAGUCAUCAGUUCAUCUCCAUGUUCUUGGGACCUCUUCUAAGAAGGUGGUGCUUUCGUUAGAAAGUGAUGGGUGCAUGGUCUGUAUUGUCAUGCGAAUGAUCAAAACCCCCUACUGAGCUCUAAUGAGCACUGAACAGCUCAUUACCAAGUACAAGUAGAGCAGCAGGGGGUGUAGAAAAGAUACCCUUAUUCACACAGGAAGCGGGUUUCUACAUCAGAUUUGCACAGCAUUUGGGCAUGACUACAUUGGUUCAUGAUGAGGGAUUUUCCUCGUAGCCUCAAGACAUGUGUCACUCACCCUGUGAAAUGGAACAGCCAGGACCAACAACAGAGCAAGUAGGUCUGCUCCCAUUGGUCCUGCCUCUAGAAGCUCAAUGCGCUUGGCUCCUGGGCAAGAGGCUGGGAGCCCCUCCAAAAAGACACACUCCCUUCUUCUCUCACCAGGAGAAGCCUUUGUCACCUGCAUUGGUUC